GCUUGCUCACUAUGCUUGCUCACAAUGUCGUCAAUACAUUUAUUUUGAAAACCACUACGUUGGCCAAAUGAAACAUUGGAUUGAUAGCUUCCUAAAUAGAAUCUUAUAAAUGUUUCUGUGUUUGUGCAUAGUUUGAUGGGCUUAGUACUGGUUUAACGGUCUCCGACUUUACUGUCGUGUCAAUUUAUAGCCUAUGUCCGUUCACCGGAAGCGGCAAAUACGGCUACGGGACAUCGAAAUGGAGCAGCAAUCUGGAAUUCGGUGUUGAAGAAGGGGAACCUUUGCUGAAGCAAACUUUCCACAGCCGCCGGCUGCUUCAGAGAUCAGAGGGAAGACGAGCCAAGCCCAUGAGAUGAUGUUCUCGUCUGGACCACCUGAUUCAAAAGGGGGUCCACAUGUGCCCAACCCUCCAGGUCCAUGCCCUACCCAGUCACCUACCCCUCGACCCCAUCACCUCCAGGAGCAGGUGGUCGUGGGUUGCAGAGACUCCUACCAAGGCCAGAGGAACGUGGGCAUUAGGUCUGUCACGUUUCCUCAGCCCAACCGACUAUCAGAGGGUAGAGAAAGACUAGCAGUAAUGGAUUUGGCUCAGAGAAUGGGACAGACCACAACUGUCAUGGGCUCAGCCCACAGUCUGCACCAGGUCUAUGGGAGCUCUGCACCUGGGGACACCAACGCAACACAUAGACCAAUGACAGACCUCCAGAGUCUUCAGAAAGAGAGCAUGAAAAGCAGUCCGUGGAUUAACACGAGUCAUGAAGAGAGCUUGUCGAGAGCUCCCCCCUGGGCCUCCCCCACCGCCUACCCCCCCGCCCCUCCUGCUGGUCCCACUGGGGAGCAGCUGGGCGUCCUGGAGCGCUGCCUGGCCGCCCACCAGGCUGAAAUGAAGCACCUACUCUCGGGUGUACUUGGUUCGCUGUGCCAGCGUCUGGAGGUCGUGGAGCGCAGGGUGGAGGAGCUGUGCCAGCAGGGCACAGCGCACGGCAACAGCCUGGCACAGAUGAGCAGCCAGGUGGAUCAGCUGUGUCAGGGGAUGUCCUCCAUCAUAGCUUCUAAGCAUGGCCCGGAACUUUCACCUGCACAUGGCUUGGCAAAGGAGCCAAAACCAUUGAAAGAAGAGAAGAUGGAAUUUACCAAGAUUUUACCUCAGAGUCCAAAUCCUCCAUGUGGAGGAGCUCCUUCUGAAUCAGACAUGGACAAGGGGAGUAUCACUAUGUGUCCCUGGAAAAGGACCUCGUUGACAGCCAACGCCAGUCCAGACAUGAGGAUGGGCAGCCAGGGACAACAUGGGUUGAAAGGAACAGCCAGGGUGUCUGGAUGUGGACCACCAGCCCCUUCCCAGGUGGGCAGUGCUUCACUGAGGGGCAGGCCCAGGAGCUACUCCCCCGUCUCAGACUCUGAUGACCUAGACAUGGAGCUUGCCGCUGAGAAGGGACGUGAUGCCCUCACCUGGUUGGUCAACUCUGCUUUAGCGGACACUGAGUCGAGCGACAGCCAGGACACGCCUCUUCCUUCCUUGACGGGCCAAUCAGUGGAAGCCCAGGGGAGCAGGACACUAAUGACAGGACUUGGGCCGCAGCCACACCCACACUCUUCCCAUUCAGACUCACACACCCACUCACGUUUGACAUCUGCCUCACUUGGGGUUCCCAAGUGCCCAGUCAUGACCAGUAGUAGGACCCCUUGCCUGCUUCCUGGGGUCCCGUUGAUCCCCAUAGGGGCUUGUUCACAUUCCGUUGCCUCGCUAGGAGGGAGCUGGCCUGGGCAGGCGUUUGGAGUGUCUCUCCCACUAUCAGAGAUAGCCAGUCCACCCCGGAGUCACUACCAGCCAGGCAUUAAUAGUCCACCCCGUAGUCUCUAUCAGCCACUCAUCACUAGCCCAACCCACACUCGAACCCUGCGAGGCAUCGCUAGUCCACCUCAUACUCACCAUAAGCCAGGCAUUACUAAUUCACCCCGGACUCAAAUCCUGCCAGCCAUCACUAGUCCAUCCCACACUCACUGUCAGCCAAGGAUUACAAGUCCACCUCGCACUCAAAUCCUGCCAGCCAUCACUAGUCCAUCCCACACUCACUGUCAGCCAAGGAUUACAAGUCCACCUCGCACUCAAAUCCUGUCAGGCGUCACUAGUCCCCCCCCGACUUGCCACACAUUCUCCCAUUCCGGUCGGGAGGAAUUGAAACAGAAGGUGGAGAGAAGGAAGAAGAGGAGCAAAAGGGAAGAGAAGCCCCUCUGCAGUGUUCAAGUCCCCCCCUCAGCCCCAGCGCUGGCAGGGGCCGGGGCCCGGACCCAGGUGGCAGAGGAGAGGCAGCACCAGAACUUCAUAGAGAGUAUGAAGGUCUCCUGUGGUGGAGGGGGCAUGCCAGGAUCGAGUGAUUCAGCCGUGGGCUCCCUCUGCCUGACCCUGCACAGACGGCAGUCUCCAUCCUCCUCCCGCUGCCAGGUGUCUGCAGAGCGUGGCUCGUAUGCCCAGUGUUCCGACCAGGGUGCGUCCAGGGGAGGGGACUCUCAGAGUGGGCAAGGAGGCUCUGACCGACCCCACUUACCCUUCCACUCCGCCAGGGUUUCCUUCGACAGGCUCCCCGUGGCGUCCAAGCUCCCCUCCCCGCGGAACGGCUCCUCCAAAGCUCUGCUGGUCGACGUCCGUUCGUCGCGUGACGCUGGCCACGCGUCCCUACUGCUCCAGCUAGCGGACACAGCCAGCCAGAUGAUGUCCAGCAGCCCCAGCCUCAGCCCCGAGCUCCCCCUGCUCCAGGACCAACACUCGGGCCCGGCCAACCUCCCACGCUGCCUCAGCUCCAAGCUCCAGCGCCACCGGGAAAAGGAGCACUCCUCGUCCAGGAGGCAAGCUCUAAAGGGGGGCAGCCAGGGAGGCCCCCUCCCCCUGCCAGAGCUGGAGACCCAAGGGUCCCACCACUGGCAGCCCCUGGUGAUGCUGGGGAGCCCUCACUUGCCCCUCUCCCCCCUGCAGCUCAGCCCCACAUCUCUUUCCCCUCACAGUACCAGCAGCAGCAGCCCACCCCUGCACAAGCUGCUAGGCAGAGCUGGAGACGGCUAUCCAACCACCACCUCCACCUUGCCACAGAGCCUGUCAUGCCUGCUCCCCGUCUCCACCCCCUUCCCCUCCCAGGGAGGGUUCUCCUCCAGGGCUGGCCUCUCCACGGCGCUCGCUAUCUCGUCUCCCGCCUCCUUCCGCCUCUGGUUCAGACACAGGCGCCCCACGCCCCUCAUGAGGCUGUCGCCGGUCGCCGUGGAAAUGUUGCUUUGUCAGAUUAUGUCUGAGGUGAAGAACUCCCCGCUCUCCCCCCUUAAGGACUACACCGGCCCCCCAGGACUGGACAACGACCACAGUUAUGCUCGAGGUGGUGGGAUUGUGGCACUAUGCAGCAGGAACUCCACAUCAAGCACAACCCUGACCUCCCCUCCUGUACGGCGGAACCGCAGGGUUCGCCUCGCCGCAGACCGCUCUGUCCCCACGAGUCACGCCCACAGCCCCAAGGCCAUGCGUCUGGACCUCCUCCCCCCCGAGCCGGUGCCAAGCUACGCCCGAGCCAACGUCAAGUACCCGGGGCUACAUGGACGCGGGGCGGCCCGGGAGGGGGGUCAGUAUGAUGGCAGUGUGGGGGCCCAGCCAGGCCAGCGCUCGAAGAGAGUGUCCCAGAUCCGCAUAAGGAAGGCCGUCCCCAAACCGGACAACAACCUCACGCCGAUGGGCCUGCCCAAGCCAAAGAGACUGAAGAAGAAGGAGUUCAGUCUGGAGGAGAUCUACACCAAUAAAAACUACAAAUCCCCUACUCCCAACAGGAGCCUGGAGACCAUCUUUGAGGAGCCCAAGGAGAAGAACGGCUCUCUGGUCUGCAUCGGCCACCAGAAGAGGAAGAGGGUACUGGAUUUCCCUGAUUUCACCCUGCCACGUAAGCGCAAGGCGCGGACCAACUUGCCCCCCCUGCGUGGGCCCCGAGGACGUGCCCGGAGGGGCCGCGGGGACCAAGUGGACCUGGACGUCAUGCUGAUCGAGAGGCUGAGCGAGUUGGAGGACUUCUUCUCCAGGGAGGGCCUGGAGGACUGAGGAUUCCCACAAUGCUGUGCUGCCCCCACUUCCUAAACCAGACACAGAUCAAGACACAACAGGGCCAUGGUUGAGUCUCCUCACUGUCGGUUGAGUUAGUGUGCUUGAAUUAUAAAAAAAAGAAUUUAGAUAGGACUGGUAUUAUAGAACUGGAGGGUGUUGAGUACUAAUUCUGAAGCACUUGGAAUGCCUAGCUGUUCCUAUCAGCGUAAGGAUGUUGGAAGUUCUCUCAGUGCUAGGGAAUAAGAGACCAUACGUGUGCCUUUUUAGUUAACCAGUCCAACAGACUAUGCUGUCGAACACAACACAAACAUAGUUAUCAAUAGAUUUCUUUGUUCUUUUUAAGACUAUUUGAGCCUCAGAAGCGAAUAAUUUAUAGCAUUUGUAUAUACUGUACUUUGGGAGUGUUUUCUCCCACUCAUGCACAGUCAAGGUACAUGGUCAUGCAUCAUGAGUAGACUUUAACAAGCACAUGGACCCCACCCCAUACCACAGCACUUUGCUUGUCUUUACCUCAACCAGAUAUCACCUCCACCUCAUCCGUCACUUCAUCCUCCUCUUCCCGCCUCUCUCAUCACCUCAUCGACUGGACACUGAUGGGUCAUUUGUACACGUCCGUUGCAGAUUGGCUCAGCGCAGCUUUGCCUCCUCCACCCUGCUCCAUCCUCUGUUAGCGUUGACUUCAGACCGGCUGCUAUGGACCCACCAGUUUGACUAGGAUUGGUCGAGGCACCUGUCUCACCUGUGUCAUCAAAACCUGGUGUGUGCUGGGAAAGGUGGUGGACUCCCGACUCCUUCAAUGCCUGUAGCAUUGGUCUAUUGACAGUUUUGAAUCACAGUAGUUAAGGGGAGUAUUUUUGCAGUAUUUGUGAAGUUUGUUUAGAUUUUUUUUUUUUACUCGACUUACUCUUAGUUUGCACCCUCCUUGUGCUGCCCCAAGCCAUCCUUCGGCCAUUAUGUUUUCAUACGGUUCUACGUCAGUGUUUAUUUUCUUUGCUUUUCUAUGUUGUAUCUUUCUAUCCCCAUGUGUGAAGGGGGCAGCCUCUUGGUGUUUAACAACCUUUACCGUGGUCAGCUGAGAUGUCACUGAUCCCCGGUAAACGAGCGUGGACUCGGGUAACCAUGGAGACGGUCCUCACGAUGAGCUUUACCACACGCGGAGGGAGAAGUUAAAGGUUCCAUCCUGUGGAUCUGUUUUGUGGUCUUGGUACAUCUUUUUCUUAUUUUUCUUUUUGAUGUUAAAUAUGCAAAUGUUUUUGUUUGUGCUGUGGAUUUUGGUAUCCACCCGUGUUGUAAUUGCAUUAACUCUUCCAGAGUUAAGGAGGGACAAAACUGGUUCUCCGCUGAGGCCAAAUCAUGUAGCCUGAAUAUACCUUUUAUAGAAAUGUGUCCUUUUAAAUACUCAGGUGCACUUGAUUUACAGGUAGCGUGACUCAGAAAGUAGAAAUAGACCUGAAAGUUGAGAGCAAGUUUGAUGUUUGGCAGACUAAAUCAAAUGCACCUGAAAGAAAGCAAGUGUUAAAAACAACGUGUUGCCAAUCUAUUUCCAUUGUUGAACCGUGAGUGCAUGGCUGGCUGUGUGCUUACAGUUCCUGUCCUUGGUCCUAUUGCUGCUACACUCAUCACUACGUUAUAUUUGUAUUAUGUCACGGUGAAGUUCAGACGAAAUCUGUAGUUUCAUUUCAAAUCCGUUCCGAUUGACCUAAAUUCUGAUGUGGAAAUGCUGCUUCUUAUGACGCCUAUUUUUAAAGACCAUCACCCAUCACUGUCCAGUAACCUUACAUGCCUAGCCACGGUCAACGGAUCUUUUAAGUGUUCCAGAUGCCUUUUUAAAUGGAGAACUUUCCUGGCUACGUGUAUCCAUCACCGCCUGGUCAACUGGACGGAUGGCUACACUCACUCAGAUAUCUCACUGCCAUUGUCACGUGAGUCUGAGUGUGGCUGGUCUUCCAGGUCAAGUUAUCCAGCUCGACAGAUAAAACCGAUACUUUAAACCUAGGCUACUCCAGUGGGCCAAUAUCAAAACCACGUUAGUUAUUAAGUUUCGGAUUUAAGUCCACUUUGUAACGCUUCGAGGACGACGUUUUGAAGGUAACCGUGUUUGAGUGACGCGGUACAAGGUCGAACUGUUAAAUUGCCCAACUAGGUCAAGUCGUCUUCGAAGUCCUUUGUCAUAAUUCCCACAACUGCCUGUUACAUCUUUCUUUCAUUGGAAAUGUUCCUAACUUAGAAAAGGACGUUGGUUAUAUUAGCAGUUCCUACUAUGUUGUUUAAUGUCAUUUGAUUUUCCAUGGUCAUAUCAGUAACACAAUCAAUCACAAACUCAUGAUCUCCUUAAUGAGGUCUGUCACAUAAAUGAACGUAAUAUCCGACGGACCUACAGCAGUUACCCAUCAUCAUUUUAAGGAUGUAUAAUCUCAACAUAUGUGUUGUUUUGUAGCGUGUUUUUGUAUGUGAAGACUUUACCUAAGGGCACUCGUGCGAAUUGCAAUCUCUGUGGUUAGACUACUGCUUUGUUUCUCUUGGACCUAUUUGUCUUAGUUACCCCCUCCAAAGGUCAGACUGAGAGGUUGAAAUAAAUGAGUGAUGUGAAAUAUAUUUCUUUUUGUUCUCUUGGAUUUGUGUUUACACUGGUUUGUAUUGGAAGUGACACAUUUGGGAUCCCUUAUAAAUAAUUUUGUAUUGCUUUUUCCUUUAUUUUUCAUCCCUCCGAUUAUCAUCCAGCCUGUGAUGUGAUUUCUAAACAAACUGGCCUAGCCUAUUGCAUCUCUCAGACCAACACUAAAGGUUAGUAUUGUGAAUCAUUGCAAUAUAUUUUUAAGAAUAAAAUACUGUUGAACUGUU